CUCCCUCCAGCAGCCCGCCCGCACCCCUCCUAAAGGCGGUCACCACGGGCCCCGCCCCCGCGCUGCGAUCUCUCUGCACCAGGUUUCCAUUUGAGUCUCUGAGAUUUGUUCCGAGUCGGAUCUCCAGAUCCUCUGCAGUCAGGGCAGCGAUGGAGGGCGCCCAGGAGAAACCCCCGGAGUCUAGCUCCUCUGCGCCCGGGUCCGUAGAGUCUACCGGCUCUACUGGGGGCCCCGAGGUGUUGCCUCCCGAGGAGUCAGAGGGCUGCGCCCGACCGCUGGAUACGGCUCCCAAGAAACUCUGCGGAUACUUAAGUAAGUUUGGUGGUAAGGGCCCCCUCCGGGGCUGGAAAUCUCGCUGGUUCUUCUACGACGAGAGGAAAUGUCACCUGUAUUAUUCGCGGACUGCGCAGGAUGCCAAUCCCUUGGACAGCAUCGACCUCUCCAGUGCGGUCUUUGACUGCAAGGCGGACGCCGAGGAGGGGACUUUCGAAAUCAAGACUCCCAACCGGGUUAUUACCCUGAAGGCUGCCACCAAGCAAGUGAUGCUGUACUGGCUGCAGCAGCUGCAGAUGAAGCGCUGGGAGUUCCACAACAGCCCGCCUGCACCUCCCGCCGCCCCUGACGCUGCCCUGGCUGGGAACGAGCCUGCCCUGCGCCUUGAGCUAGAGCAAGAGGAGGCAGAGCUGCAGGAGUUCCUAUGCCCCGUGAAAACACCCCCUGGACUUGUGGGUGCAGACGCCGCCUUGCAGCCAGCCCCCGCCAUGCCCCUGGCCCUUCAGAAUAUUUCCCUCAAGCACCUGGGGACUGAAAUACAAAACACGAUGUGCAACAUCCGGGGCAGCAGACAGGCCCCAGGAACAGGCCACGGACCUCCAGGGGAAGAUUCGCCGCCGCAGAGCAGGGAGCCUCAGAAGGAGGAGCCGUCCUCACCCUCUGACCCCAGCAGCCCAGGGAAAGAUCCAGCGGACUCCCUGAAGCCUCCACCCAAGCCCUCUCUGACUGCCAAUCUCAUUCAGAAAGCCAAGCGCCAGAAUAGCACCUUCCCGCUCUUCGCCGAAGGACUCACGCGGAACCGCACGGCCCAGGAGAAAGCCUUGGCCUUGGAGCAGCAGGUCCUGAUGCUCACCAAGGAGUUAAAGUCUCAGAAGGAGCUGGUGAGGAUCCUGCACAAGGCGCUGGAGGCCGCCCAGCAGGAGAAGAGGGUGACCAGCGCCUACCUGGCUGCGGCUGAGGACAAGGACCGGCUGGAGCUGGUGCGGCACAAGGUGCGGCAGAUCGUGGAGCUGGGCCGGCGGGUGGAGGCGCUGGAGAAGGAGCAGGACAGCCUGGCGCAGACGGCGGGCCUGCGGGAGCAGGAGCUGCAGGAGCUGCGGCAGCACGUGCAGCUGCUCAUGGACAAGAACGAGGCCAAGCAGCAGGUCAUCUGCAAGCUGUCUGAGAAGCUCACCCAGGACUCCCUGCAGCCCCCCGACAAGCCCCUCGUGCCCCCGGAUGCCGCCGACAGCGACUUCCUGAGCCAACAGGAGAAGAUGGAGCACCUGAAGGAUGACAUGGAAGCCUACCGGACCCAGAACCGCUUUCUCAACUCUGAGAUCCACCAGGUCACAAAGAUCUGGAGAAAGGUGGCUGAGAAGGAGAGGGCCCUCCUGAUGAAGUGUGCCUACCUCCAAGCCAGGAACUGCCAGGUGGAGAGCAAGUACCUGGCAGGGCUGCGGAGGCUGCAGGAGGCCGUGGGCAGCGAGGCCAGCGAGUGCGCCGAGCUGCUGAGGCAGCUCAUCCAGGAGGCUCUGCAGUGGGAAGCCAGUGAGGCCUCUGCUGACGCCGUGGAGCUGAGCCCCGUCAGCGAGUAUGAUGAGUACGGCUUCCUGACGGUGCCCAACUACGAGGUGGAGGACCUGAAGCUGCUGGCCAAGAUCCAGGCCCUGGAGGUGCGCUCCCACCACCUGCUGGCCCACGAGGCUAUGGAGCGACCCCUGCGAGAGCGCUGGGCUGCGCUGGGUGAGCUCGCACCCUCCGUGGAGCUCAAGCAGCUGCUGCGCAUGGGCGUGUCCCAAGAGCACCGGCCUCGGGUCUGGAGGUGGCUGGUCCACCGCCGCCUGCAGCACCUGCAGGUCCCCGGCCGCUACCAGGAGCUGCUGAGCCGGGGCCAGACCUGCAAGCACCCUGCCGCCCGCCAGAUCGAGCUGGACCUGAACCGAACCUUCACCAACAACAAGCACUUCACCUGCCCCACCUCCAGCCUGCCAGACAAGCUCCGCCGGGUGCUGUUGGCCUUCUCCUGGCAGAACCCCUCCAUCGGCUACUGCCAGGGCCUGAACAGGCUGGUGGCCAUUGCUCUGCUGGUCCUGGAUGAAGAGGAGAGUGCCUUCUGGUGCCUGGUGGCCAUUGUGGAGACCAUCAUGCCGGCUGAUUACUACAGCAAGACGCUGACUGCGUCCCAGGUGGACCAGCGGGUAUUCCAGGACCUCCUGUCAGAGAAACUGCCCAGGCUGACGGCCCAUCUGGGGCAGCACCGCGUGGACCUCUCUUUCAUCACCUUAAACUGGUUCCUCACGGUCUUUGCCGACAGUCUCAUCAGCAGCAUCCUCCUCCAAGUCUGGGACGCCUUCCUCUAUGAGGGCACCAAGGUGCUGUUCCGCUACGCCUUGGCCAUUUUCAAGUACAACGAGGAGGCGAUCCUGAGGCUGCAGGACAGCCUGGAGAUCUACCAGUACCUGCGCUUCUUCACCAAGACCAUCUGCGACAGCCGGAAGCUGAUGAACAUCGCCUUCAAUGACAUGAACCCCUUUCGCAUGAGACAGCUGCGGCAGCUGCGGACGGCGCACCAGGAGCGGCUGGAGGCCGAACUGCGGGAGCUGGAGCAGCUCAAGGCCGAGUACUUGGAGAUCCGGGCGUCCCUGCACCCAGUGAUGCCCGAGGGUUGCACCAGCGAGGACGAGGGGGACGGGGAGGCCUGACUGGUGUUCCCCACUGGUGUUCCCCAAAGCACUUUCUCAUCCUCCGCCGGCAGGCCCAGAGGAGGACAGCCAUGGAGUGGGGGUCCAGCCCUCUGAGCUCCAUCACCCGGUGACGCUGGGCAAGCCCCUCCCCUCUCUGGGCGCCAGCCUCCCCAUCGGACCUUGUCUGCCAGUCAGGUUGUCUCCUCACGCAUGCGCACCAGAGCUGCUGCCCUUCCUUACUCCCCCCUCAGAGCACUCUGCGUGCAGACCAGAGUGCUGUCUCUGCGGGGAGCCUGGAAUGUUCCCUAAGUUUAUCUGCACAAAACAAUGUAAAUAUGAGAAGCAGUUCACAAGCUUUGGAACUCACACAAUUCUCAGUAACCACCUGGUCUGGGCGAGUCCGCCACUAGGGCCUUCCCGGCCAGGGACGUCCCCGGCUGCUGUUCCUGCGACGUGUCUGCAGGGCUGGUGCCCCCCGGUCCCCUGGGGAGCCAGGGCCCUGUGCACGUGGGGCUUCCGUCUUUCUGGGCGAGAGCGCCUCUCCAGCUCCUGCUGCCGGGGCCUGUUCCUGAGCCUCACUGUUCCUGAGCCUCGCUCGGACCUGUGCCCCGCUUUCCACUCACAGCCCAUGUGGGUGGGGGCAGGGGUGCCCAGGAAACGCCCACCCACCACCAAGAGGAACAGGGUGUGGGCAGAGAGCCCGGGAUCUGCAGUCCCCUGGUCUCCCAGCACCAGCCUCGCUCGAAGAGCCGCCUCUUCUCGGAGAACGGGGGUUGGGCAGGGAGGAACAGGCAGUGAGAGGGACAGCCGCAGCCUGUCCCCACCCCCUCCAGGCCUGGUCAAGGCCACCCGGUGACUGUGGCAGCUCCUUUCUCAGCGAAACCCGUGACUGAGGUCGGCAGCCUUUGGUACGAAGGACUGGGGGUGCGGGGUCCUCACGUGGAAACCUAGCUCUGCUCCGAGGAUCUCGUGCAGGGCGGGCAAGGAGGCCGCGCCCAUCACUGGGGAGCAGAGACUGGCUGUCUGUCAGCCGCAGGCGUGGACCUGGGUUGGCACACCCGGCACCCGGUCCCCCCACACACAGCCCUGGGGAGGGGAUGCUCUGGUUCCUUUCCUGCCACAUUCACGGGGGCUCCAGGGCGCCAGGUUUCCCCUGGAUUCCCCACACAGGGGCCCGGCGGCCUUUCUCCUUUUUACUGUACUUUCUUAUACACCGAGGCCAUUUCAUCUCCAGACGGUAUCUGUGCAGCAUGACGGCCCUGAGAGGCUGGACUGGGGGGUCCUGGCUGUGCCCCCAGCAGACUGGGUGCACUGAGCCUAAGGGCCGUCACUGGAGACAAGGAGACAGCGCUGGUGCUGAGCCUGGUGCCCGGCACAGUGCAGGGCAGCCACGGGCAGAAUGGCCAUUUCACGCAGAGGCCCACAGAAGGCCCAAGGCUCCCGGAGGCUCUGGGCCCAGCUGGUCCCUCAGACCCCAGCCAUGAAAACCGAAUUCCUUCCUCCGCAAAAACUACACAAUCCCGGAUCAGACAGAGGCUGCCAGAUAAAUGGCACCCAGCUCUCCUGUCCCUCCUCUACCCACUCCUACCUCUUCCUCCUUCCUCCCCUCAGCCUCCCCUCCAGCCCUGGCCCGUUCUCUCCCUCUCUCCCUCUCCUGCCUCCCUCAUCUUCCCUGUCUCCCACUUUUGUCAGUCUCCCCUCCCCUACACAUACCCCCAUUCUGGCAGAGGAGAGGCUCUGCCCAGGGCUGGGUGCCUCUGCCCUGCCCUCCCCCACAGGGGAAGGGGCUAGGCUUCACAGUCACCCCUGCCCUGUGCAACCUGACCUGUCCCUAUGUGGCUACACCACAGAAUCGCCUAAGCAGCUUUUUAAAAAUGCUGGAGCCUGUUGCAGGGCAUGGGCAUGACGACACCCAGAGGCUGGGGAUCCACAGAACGAUGAGGACUGACGGACCGGUCCUCCUCUGGCCCUGCAGACGGACAGACGGGAGCCAGGAAUGAGAGCUGCCCGUCCUGGAGCCCCCACCCACUGCGGGCCAAGCUGGGUUUACAGGGGAGGGGCAAAAGGCUCAGGCCUGUCCUCUUGCCAGGAGUCGCACAGCCAUGGGAAGUUGAAGCCAUGCUCAUAGCUAAAGUCCCCAAGUGCAAAACUAGGGAGGGAUCCUCCCAGCUCACCUCCCCUUGUAUGGAACCUAGAACACCUCCUGAGGACCGGAGGGAAGGGUGGGCCUGGCCCUCCACCGGUGCAGACCUGUAGGGUUGGCUCCAGGCAGGGGAGAAUGGGAGGAAGGGCCGCCCACCCCGCCAGCCGGCUGCAGCAGGGACAGGUGGGGAGGGAGGCAGUCUGGACAAGGCCUGGGGCUGCUGCUUCUGCUCCUAGAGAGACAGCCCACCCUCCCCUUGCUCCCCGUGUAGGGCUUGGGGGCCUACAGCUGGUGUCAAGUUCCCAGCCCUGCACUGCAGCUGUCGCCCCCAUCCCCAGGGGCCUUCCAGGGCUGGAGGAUCUGAUCCCUCACAGCCCCACCUUCCUACCCCAGGGGAUGGGACCUCUUGCUCAAAGCAUCCCUCUCCAGGUUGGACCCCCAGCACGCUGAGGUCCACACUCCAUUCUACAGGGGAACUGGAAGGAGUUACCCAGGGGACCCCCAUGGGCUGAAAUCCUCAAGAAUGCAGGGACCCCUCAAAGCAGGCCAAAGGGCCUGGAGGGCACUUCAGAAGGCCCCCACUGCAGACCACCUGUCUUCAGGGCUGCUCUUCCCCCACACUCAGAACCUCACCUCCCAGGAGCUGCGGCCCCUGUUUCCCUUCAAUCUCCCAAGGGCACAGGGCCGUACGGUGCAGAGCUCCACGCCGGCCAGGUAGGUGGAGAACUUGCCUCCCAUACAUACACAUCUUCUGGUCCCUUCCACGGCCAAUUAAACAAAGCAGGCCACGCUGCCGCCUAGGGAGGAAAGGUGUCGGUUUCCAGGCCUCCCUCGAUCAGCAGUAUGGCCCAGUGAGAGGUGCUGGCAAGUGGGCCCAACUCUGGAGCCAGAUCUAUUAUGUGGCUUUCUAGCUAGAGGCCCCUGGGCAAGUCACCUCCACUCUGGCCUCAGUAUCUCCACGUGUGCAAUGCAGACAAUGGGCAGGACAUAGCCUUCCUUAAACGGAUGAGGAUUAGGGGGAGGGGAAGGACAGGAAAGUGAGGACCCCCGGAAUACACACAGUAUCUCCAAGAAGGGUUCCUAUUACAGAGCCCUCCAAUGGCAGCCCCUCUGCCCCUCGGUCCACAUGCCCCCAGGCCCCAGAGGUCCCUAUCAAAGCAGCUUUCCCCCAAACACAGCCCCAGCCACCUACCUCCAUGGCACGGGUGGGAUGAUGCAAAAGCAAGGCUGGGAGGGCACAUCCACAGAGCAUCUGGGAAGGCUUCCUGCGGAGGGUGGGGUGCUGGUGCCAAGCCUGGAAGGAAAGAUGAGUAGGUUUAGGCAGUGGGAGGUGAUGCGGUAAGAGAAUUCCUGGUGGAAGAGAAAGUGUGAGCAAGGCACAGAGGUGUGAGUGUGCAAGGGGGUGGGGGGAUGCACUAGAGAUACCGCCUAAGUCCCAGCUGAAUUAAGACAUUCAGAUGCUUCAGCCUUCAAAAGGCAAUGGUGCCCACCCCCACCCCCAUGUGAUGAAAAAUAAAGGUAAUACUGGACCGUAAGUAUAAGG